GCCUGAUGUUCUUUAGUUUCUCUUCCAGUAACAUUCAAUAAUCAGCGCGUUGUAGUCGACUGCGACUCGAAAUGUUCUGAAAGAGGUGGAGUUUAUUAUCAAUACAUCAAAUUCUAUUCAUCAUAUUUCUUGUUGAUUGAAGGGAGUGUAUUAACAACAUCAGACAUUCAGUGUGAAGUUUUAUUGUGAUAUUAACCAACGACAGAAUGUGAUUCUUACUUUAGGAACCUCUUAAAUGAAUAGAAUUUUAAAGGAACCACUUUUGUUAGUUACAUAAUGCUAUGGAAAUCUAUGGAAGGCACAAGCAUGUCUUAUAACAAAAGUAGUCCAUUGGAUUAUCCUUUUGCUACAGACUUUCAGCAUAAAAAUCUACGAGUACCAGCUGGUUUCCAGAGGGGAAGUUAUACACAGCUACCAGCCAUUCCCCCUAAUAAUUCUCCACAGCCUGGUCCAGAUAAUCAAUUGGUUUCUUUUAACAAUGGUACCUCACCUUUUAGUCGUAAACCAGUUGGCCGAUUUCCAUCCUCGGGUGACCUUCUGGAUGCAGAGGAAAAGGUCAGAUCUAUGGAAAUGAGGUUGAAUGUAACUGAAAAAUCCAACCGUGCCCUUUUGGAUGAGGUACUGCGUCUUCAAAAUGAGUUAAAGGUAACGGUCAAACGAAAUGAAGAUACACUUAAGGAUGAGAGUAUGUCAAGACAACAACUUGAGGCCUCACUCAAGUCAUGUAAUGACCUCAUCCUGCAGCUGUCUUCACGGAUUAAGAGCACCGAAGAUCGUUUAGCUCAGGAGCAAUCAGCAAUGACAUCUCUAGUCCAUCAUACCAAAGGAGUGGAGCAGGCAGUAAUAAACAGCCAGCAUGAACUCAAAUCUAAAAAAGAUACUCAAUCAUCCAAACUAGCUGAUCUGGAAAAUGGCCUACUGGAAACAAAACUUGCUCGAGAUAAACUUGAAAAACACACACAGGAAUUGAUGGACGAGUUGAGGACCCUGAGGACCAAAGUCGACAUUCAGGGCUCGGAUCUUAUGUCAGUAUCCAAUGAACUGAAAAACAAAACAAAGAGACUAGAAGAUGAAACAAGGCUCCAGGUUGAAGUUUUGCGAAAACAUGGUGACCAGAAUAGCCAUUCUGAACAUGCAACCGUUCACUUGAGAGGACAAGUUGAAUCCAGGUUGUCCGAGUUACGAGAUGUGAUAAUAGAUCUACGAACAAAACAAGAUCAAGAAAGUUCCGAGAGAAGAACACUGGAACAGCAACUUCAACUCAAGAUAAAUGAAUUACAACAAGGUCUUGCUGAUCAAUCACGAAAACGUGAAGAAGCUAUACAUUCUCUAGAUAUGUUACAAAGAGAAAAAGAACAUGAAGUGGAAACCGAGAAACUAAGAUUAGAAGGAAAAUUGACAGAAAGUGUGGAAGAUGUCAAUAAGCGUCUAUUAACCAAAGAAAUGAAACUCCGAGAAGAAUUGCAAGAUAAAUUCUUACAACUUGAAAAGGUUAUACAACAAGAACAGAAAGGAAGAAGAGAAUAUGAGAAGAACGCUAGAGAUGAGGGUGAUCUGCGCUUUAAUAGUUUAAAGAAACAAAUAGAAGAUGAAAUAAACCAUCUUCGAGAAAUAAUGAAGGGAGAUAAGAACAAAAACAAAGAAACUUUACAGAAGCUAGAUGAAGGAUUGACUCUGCUUGAAAAACAAAUGUCUGAGAACAGAAAACAGGUUGAUAAAGUUAUUGCUGCUGAAAUCAAAUCAAGGAAAGUUCAUGAGACAACGACUACAGAAAAGAUUGAUGGAGUUCAACAGAAGUUACAAUUGGCUACAUCUGCCCUACAACAGGCUAUAGGUGGUGUUAAUACACAGAUUACUGGUAAUAAUGAAAAGUUAAAGGACGAUGUUAGAAAAAUGAUGGCAGAUUCUGUAGAAGGAAACACUCGUACAAUGGCUGAUAUGGAUACCAGAAUCGCAAACCUUACUAAAAAGAUGAGUGAUCUUCAUGAUCAAAUAAAUAAGAAAAUCAAAGACGAGGAAGAACUUCAGAAGGCAUCUGUUGAACUAACUACAGGUUUAAGAGAACAAGUAGAAUCAUUACAUCUAUGGAAAGAUUUAAUGGGUAAUACAGUGAAAGAGAUGCAGACCACAGUACAAGCUAUACCAAAUGAUAUUUAUGCCGUAGAAGAGAAACAGAAACUGUUAAAAUCAGAUUUAGAUACAAGAGUUUCUGCUGAAGCUGAUGUCAGACUAAAAGAUGUUCAAACUUUGAAGAAAGAUGUUGAAGAAUUAAAGGCAAUGAUGAACAAACCAACCAAAAAUACUGGUCCUACUGUAGAGGAGAUGGAAACUAUGGCUACCAAAGAACAGUUAAAUAGCAGUGUUAAAAGACUUGCUGAAAGUGUUGAAGUUACAAAGACUGUACUCGGUAUGAAAAUACAAGCAGAACAGAAGUUGAGAGUUGAUGAACUGAAAGGUCUACAAGCAGAGAUCGCUAAGUUGAGAGUUGAGAUAGAACCAUUCAAGAAAAGGAAUACACCUGAUGGUAAUAAUUUUGUGAAGGGUUUGGAUGCUAGUAGUUCUGUCAAUAAAUGGGCAAUAUAUAAUGUGUACAGAUGGCUGAAAUGGAAAUCAAGUUGGAUAAAACUUCUUCAGAGUAAAAAUAUCACCGAUCAAGAAUCUGUUUUUGCUCCGAGUCCUGAUGUUGAUCUAGAUAUGCUAAAUGAAAGUUUCGCUCGACCUGGGGACGCUACACCUCCACCCACACUUAACAAAACUCCAUUCUCUAGCCAGAGGAACAGCCCUAAACCUAUGAGUAAAACUGACACGCCAGAAGCUGAAAAUAAAACUAACACUCCUAAACCUGAAAGUAAAAUGAAUACUCCUUAUAAACAUGAAAGUAAAGCUCACACCCCCAAGCCUGAAAGUAAAACUAACACACCUAAACCUGAAAGUAAAACUAACACACCUAAACCUGAAAGUAAAGCUAACACACUUAAAUCUGAAAGUAAAGUAAACACACCUAAACCUGAAAGUAAAGCCAACACACCUAAACCUGAAAGUAAAGCCAACACACCUAAACCUGAAAGUAAAGUAAACUCUCCUAAACCUGAAAGUAAAACUAACACACCUAAACCUGUAAAUAAUGGUAACUAAUCUCAAUAAAAAAAUAAAACUAAUACACCUAAACCAAAUACUACAAGCUUACACACCCAAACCUGGUAGAAAUGAUCAUCUGGUGUAGUGUCUCCAAAUGAUUAAAUGAUCUUCUAGAUAAGCAGAAAGAGUGACAUCUUUCUUGGGUGUGAGGGUAUUUUUAUUUUUUUUGAUUCUGGGUUAAAUCCUUUUGAUAUGUCCCAUUUACAAUUUAUUAUGAAUAUCGUUACUUUCACUUUUUAGAGGAGAAAUGCCCUGAAAUAACAUUCUAGAUCAACAAAGGGGUAGCAUUUUUAUUUAUAUUAAAAAUUUUCCAUUCUUAAUUAAAUCUUGUUUCAUGUUGCACUUUUUAAAAAUAAAAUCUAAAUUUUUAAAGAUCUUUCUACUCUGAAGAAUUUUUAAAGAAUGAUGUGUUAAUAAGUUUACUACUGACAAGUUUAAUUGUAAAAUUAAAAUUAAAAACUGUGAUAUCUAGUCCCCACUUGUUGUUAGUGCAAAAUUGUCCAUUGAUUUAUGUAUGUUAAUUGUUGUAGUAAAAAAUGUUAUUGUUUUGAUGAACAUUAUUUUGAAUAUAAAAUGUAGGUUUCAUGAGAUUAGAUCUAAAUUAGAACUAAAGUUUGUGGCUUAUUUAUAACUUCACUGUAAAUGUAUGAUUGUUUAAAAAAUAAAGGAAAUUUACAUAAUCAUAGAAUUUUACAAAAAUAGGUCAUACAACCAAACCAAUUUGAUUUUUUUUUUUAUUCAGGAACACCUUUUAAAAAUUUUGCUAAUUAUUUCUUUUUAAAAAAAUGUUAUUUAAAAACAAUAAGUACUUGGUUGCACUGUUUAAAAGUUUUUAAGUUUUGGAAUUUAAACAAAAUAUAGUUCACAAGACUCAAUGUAAUUAUUUAUCAAGGAACUAAUAAAAUUACAUUGGUUUGGCCUAAUGAAAUGAAAUUGUACACAUCAAGAAAAUAUAGAAACUUUGAAAAGCUUCAAGUAGAAAAAUUAAAUGUAGUGCAUGAACUAAUUGACAUUUAAAACAUUAUUAAUUUUACAUGAGUUUUGAUAUGCACUACAUCCUUUUCAUUCCUAGUGCCUUAAAGAACUCACUGCUGUUUAAUGUUACAUUAAAUCACACCCAACUGCUGUCUCUAACCAAACUGUAUUUGUUUUAUCCUAAAUGUGUGUUUGUUUUUUGUUUAUAAUAUAUUUUAUUAGUGUGAUGCAUAUCUUGUAUUUAUUUUAUAAAACAUAACUUAUAACUUAAAGGGUAAAUAUGGUUAUUGAUAAUUGUUUUGGCCAAAGAAAAACAAAGGUAUCAAUAAAAUUUCCAAAAUUAAAUAAUAUUAAGAAAUAAAUAUUAAUAAAAUAGUCAGUUGUUUGAACACAAAAAUUAGACCCAAAAGAUUCUAUAAAUUUAUUUUUCCAAAAUAUAUUUAUAAGGACAUUGUUGUACUGGCAUGUUUUCAUAUGUAUUUCAAAAGGCCAAUGUGAUAUUCUUAUAUUUGAAAUCUAUUUAACAGACAUUCCGUGGAAUAUUGAAUAUGUGAUAUUUUUAUUUUUAUAUAGUUAUUGAUUUUUAUUAUUAGUUUUGAUAUUUUAUGAUGAUAGUUAUAAUGGGUGUAAUUUGUGAUUUCUGUCCAUGAUGUUGUUUUGUUAUUUAAGUCAUCAUUAAGUCUUGCCUCUCUAUUACUUUGUCAGAUUAAGUAAAAAGUGAACAUGUACUUUGAUAUAUAUACACUAGUAUUCUACACAAUUUUACCUGUGAAUAUCUUGAUAUUUAUUUUAAAAAUUGCAUACAUAUUUGUUAUUUUCUUAAACAUCACUAUUAUCAAAGUGUCUUAAACAUCACUAUUUUCAAAAUAUCACUACAUUGAUAGAAUUAAAUGUGUUAUAUUAAAAAAUGCCUUAUUUUU